UUUGAUGUCCUAGGAUGGUUCUCACCGUCGACUAUCAAAGUCAAAAUCCUAAUGCAACUACUAUGGGAGUGUAAGGUUGACUGGGAUGGUCCUGUCCCUUCUGACAUCCAAGAUGCGUGGAUCCAAUGGAGAAAAGAAUUACCACUCCUGUCUCAAAAAAAAAUCCCUCGUUGCUACUUUGACAAGAAAUCUCAACCUCACUGUCUGCAGCUACACGGUUUCUCAGAUGCUUCGGAAGUCGCAUAUGCAGCGGUUGUAUACCUACGCAUUACGGACAAGUCUGAGAAUGCUCAAAUCUCUUUGGUAAUGUCGAAGACAAAGGUUGCUCCAAUCAAGCGGUUGACAAUCCCUCGUCUGGAACUAUGCGGAGCACAGUUGCUCGCCCAGCUGAUACAUCACGUCAGACAAGUGCUCGAAAUUCCCCUUUCUAAUAUUUUCGCUUGGACAGACAGCACUAUUGUCCUCAACUGGCUAGAUGGAUCCCCCAAAAGAUUCAAGACCUAUGUGGGCAACCGUGUCUCGACCAUCGUUGAUCUCAUUCCACCUGACAAGUGGAGACACGUAGCUGGAACAGAGAACCCUGCUGAUUGCGCUUCAAGAGGUCUCUACCCCUCUGAGCUUCUGAAUCACUCUUUAUGGUGGGAAGGUCCGAUCUGGCUCAAGGAAUCUUCUAGCAGUUGGCCUGAGAAGUUCCCUCUACCUUCAAACAAGAAAGAAAUUGAAGAAAGUAAAGUGGCGCUAUCUGCACUCACCCUAACUCCUACCCCAAUCAUACCCGUUGACAGAUUCUCUGGAUAUAGCCACUUGAAACGCAUUACUGCAUGGAUGAUUCGUUUCGUAACAAAUUUUCAAACAAAAGAUCAUGCUGAACGAAGCAAGGGAAAUCUCUCAAUUAGUGAACUGCAAGCAGCUGAGAAUUACUGGGUUAAGCUCAUUCAGACUACUCACUUUGAAGCUGAUAUUGUAUCUCUUCAAAGAAAACAUGCUCUCUCUGCCUCCAGUCCACUCUUGCCUCUACAACCAUUCAUUGAUUCUUCAAACAUCCUUCGCGUUGGCGGUAGGAGGCAGCUCUCACAGACGUCCUACCAGUCUCAGCACCAAACCAUACUGCAUGGGAAGCAUCUCCUUACUCAUAUGAUUAUACGCGAUGAGCAUCUACGCUUGUUACAUGCUGGUCCAACACUUCUCGGAGCUUCUCUAUCUCGGCGCUACCAUAUAGUUGGUGGACGAAAGUUGAUCCGAUCCAUUGCUCGAAAAUGUCUUACCUGCCGUAGAUAUACAGCAAGACCCAAGCCACAAAUGCUUGGACAACUCCCUGUUGAGAGAAUCACACCAGGCUCAGUGUUUGACAACGUUGGUGUAGACUACGCUGGUCCAGUCUUAAUCAAGUACGGCUACGUACGCAAACCGAAGUUAGUGAAGGCUUACAUAUCCGUGUUUGUCUCCCUCUCCGUGAAGGCAGUCCACCUGGAGUUGGUGACUGACCUAACAUCUGAGGCAUUCAUUGCUUGUUUCAAACGCUUCAUUGCUCGGCGUGGCCUCCCCUCACUUGUAUGGAGCGACAAUGGCACAAACUUUACCGGAGCUGCCAGAGAGAUCAAGGAACUCUACCAAUUCCUCCAGACCCAAUCCACUCAAAACAAAGUCAACCGCUACCUUUUUGACAAAGGAGUGACAUGGAAAUUCAUCCCUCAGCGCGCACCUCACUUCGGUGGAAUCUGGGAAGCCGCCGUCAAAUCAACGAAGACCCACUUAAGACGAGUUUUGGGUGAAGUGAAACUAACUUAUGAAGAGCUGUCUACUCUGUUAGCCCAGAUUGAGUCCUGUCUCAACAGCCGACCUCUUGCUUCCCUCGUGAAUGACGAUGAUGGUAUAGAAGCUCUCACUCCUGGUCACUUCAUUAUCGGCAAACCUCUCACUGCUCUGCCAGAAACGACCCCCUCAAGCCGAUCAAUUUCUCUCCUAAAGCGUUGGCAACUUUGCAAAUCAUUGUUACGGCAUUUUUGGAACCGAUGGUCCUCAGAGUAUGUUACUCAAAUUGGACGAUUUACGAAAUGGCGUCACCCCACCAGAAACAUAGAGCUGGCGAUUUGGUUCUCAUCCAUGAGAAUUCACCCAUACCCACUAAAUGGCCACUAGCCAGAGUCG